CCCUAGUAAGGAUCAUUUAAGAUUAGUAACAGCAAGAAUCCCUGCAGCAGUGUGUCAGAUAUGUGUUACCGACAUCAGAAUGCUUGCUUUUUUAAAAAAGCAAACAGACAUGGAAAUUGAAAUAAGGAUGGAGCUGAACAAAGUUCUAAAGUGUGAGGAACGGUCCUUUUGUCUACCCUAAGUAACUUCAGCAACACAUGAGAACAAGGCCUGUGAGGCUUGAAAUAACUACCGUUUCUGAACAAUGUCAAUUCUGCCAAGUCAUGUUUUAGUGAGAAAGGCAAAAAAGCAAAAAGCAACGCUUUUUUCAUCGGGAUUGAAGGCAACGUUGCAAUUUAAACACCAAUAAAACGACCUGCAGUUCACCAGAUUCACUGGAGAAAAAUAAAUGCAAAAAUUUAGACAGAUCACGCUUUUACUCAUGGAAGAGAUCAAAGCCCCACCCUCUUGAAUUUCCGCUCGUCACACACCUGUUAAAAGAAGCAGGAUCCCUGCAAAGCAAAAUAAACCUUUUAUCCCCAAGGAAUAGCAAGCCGAAUUUGCAACAGCGACUUGGCAGGGCUUGCCAGGCGUCCGGGGAAACAAGCAAAAAAGAAAUGUAUUAUUUGCUAGCGCGCGAUUCAAAGUGGGCGCAUCUCCGGACAAUCCCACCCCCUCGCCCCUUGCAAACAGUAGCGGGGGGAAAAGAUCACUUUCCCCGGUUGCUGGAUUGCGACGUCGGAGAAUAAUGCAGCUGGUUCGCGUUGCUAAAGGCUCGCCUUUGCACCACCGCUUGCAAACGCCCGUCCAUUUGCAAGGGUUCCAGUCUCGGCGAAAGCCCCGCGUGCAUUUUUUGCAAGCAACCCCGACCCAGCGAGAUCAGGCGACCUGAGGAUUGUACUAAACCCCGGGGAGGGGGGCGCGACCACGCCUAUCUCCCACUCGCGGCUGGUUUGCGCACCUUGGGGAGCUGGGGGGUGGGGUGGGGGUGGGGAAAGAGGGCGGGAGCGUACCAUUGCUGCAAGUCGGGGGGAAGCGCCUUUCUCCGGGCUCGCCUCUUGCCCCAGCUCCUUCCUCCCCCCCUCCUCCUGCCUUGCAGUGAGUCCGCCCGGUGGCGAUAUAUAUAGAGCGGUGGGCGGGAGGCAGGCGUGUGUGUGUGUUUUUUUCGGGGCGCACGGUUUCUUGCAGGUUUGGGCGCAGUUCGGCCGGGCAGGUUUGCAGGAUCGAGACAAUGGCGUGGCAGCCCAUGGAGAUCAACCCGGAGGUGAAGGGGAAAUCUAGGGCUAGAUGGGGGGCGGGGGGAGAAGCAUGCAUGCAUAAUGGGGAGUGGGGUGGGGGUCCUCCGCCCCAAGGCGUGCCCUAUACAGUGGUACCUCGGGUUAAGUAUUCAAUUCGUUCCGGAGGUCUGUUCUUAACCUGAAACUGUUCUUAACCUGAAGCAUCACUUUAGCUAAUGGGGCCUCCUGCUGCCGCUGCUGCACGAUUUCUGUUCUCAUCUCGAAGCAAAGUUCUUAACCCGAGGUACUAUUUCUGGGUUAGCGGAGUCUGUAAUCUGAAGCGUCCGUAACCCGAGGUACCACUGUACAUGGCUGGCUUCUCCAGGCGCAUGCAGUUUCUUACCCAUGGGCGUUUUUGAGAUGCCCUAGAGGGGAGGGAUAAAGGCGGCCAGCAGUCUGUCUGUCAUUAAAAAAUAAAAUCGGAAUGGAAGCGUGGGCAAAGGAUCCUCUUUUCCUUCUCCACCCUCUCCCCCGGGAUUCCCCAAAUGCAGACAUCGACGGCGCCCAGGUCUCCCUUCUCUUCGCCGAUUCCGCGAUCCAGACACAAGAUGGGAGGCGGGCCCCGCCCAGAGACAGGCUAACCUCCCUUUCCUUCAUCUUUCUCCCGCUUUUGUCUUUCAGAUGCUGAACAAAGUGAGUGGCCGCGGAGAACUGGGGAGGAAUAAGGCGCAUCUCCUCUUGGCUGGGCGUUUCCUUAAGUCUCCGUUUCAAUUCAUUCAUUCAUUCAGUUAACUCAUCGGGAGGCUUGAACGCCUGGAACCCUAGAGCAUAGAUUAGAUACAUAACUCUCAUCCUGGAUCCUUACUGAUGUUGCUCGUGGGCAUAUUUAGGCCAACGGGAAGGGGAAACAGGUUAGGGGGCUGGGGGCUCCCACAUCGAGUCAUGAUGGGCAGGUUGUUCGUGGAAUGGGCGGCAGGUGGCGCUGCAGCCCCGCGUUUUGUGCUGUGUCACGGCUGGGCAAGGGGCCCUUAGGAAGAGAGUCGGGAGGGGAGACCCCCCCCUGCCUCUGAGACCCUUCUUCUCCCCACUUCCCUGCAGGCUUUGAGCCUGAUUCCAUUAUAAGCCAUGCAGAAGGUCCUAGGGGCAUCUCUGAAUCUGGAGGAUUUAUUCGGAGACCUCGUCUUGCCACGUGGGUGCUAUUCCUGGAUCCUAUUUAGUAUUCCUCUGGAAUGGGGAAGCUUUGGUGGUUUACGUAAAUGUUGUUGUACCAAAAAGUCAGCUUUUCAUUUGCUAUCAGUAACCAGCCUUCCAGGUCUUUAGGAAACGUCUGAAGCCCUCUGCGUAUGCUCAAGCGCUCCACGUCGUCAGGGAUGCAGCAACAUCUAUUGUAGAAUAGAAGUCGAGAUGCGGAAACUGGAUUUUGGGGCUGAGCCAUAGAUGCCUCUAAUGCAGUGGUUCCCAACCUUUUUUUGGCCAUGCCCCACCUAAGCAUCUCUAAAAUCCCGACUCACUCCCUGACUAAUAAUAAUAAUAAUUAAUAAUUUAUUAUACCCCACCUAUCUGGCUGAGUUUCCCCAGCCACUCUGGGCGGCUCCCAAUCAAGUGUUAUAAACAAUUCAGCAUUAAAUAUUAAAAACUUCCCUAAACAGGGCUGCCUUCAGAUGUCUUUUGAAGAUAGGAUAGCUGCUUAUUUCCUUCGCAUCUGAAGGGAGGGUGUUCCACAGGGUGGGCGCCACUACCGAGAAGGCCCUCUGUCUGGUUCCCUGUAACCUCACUUCAAAAAGGGAACUCCUAUUCACGUGGAGGAAGCCUAAAGAGCCAUUCACUGUUAAUAACUCAUUCUCGAAUUGUCCCCCCCAAAAAAUUGCCCCCCUGUGGGGAACCAUAGCUCUAAUGUCUCCUCCCCUCUCCAGAUACAACAACAGUCUUGGUUAAUAUGCGCUGACUUCCCUCCUUGGCAUACCUAAAGGGAUGAUUACUCGGGGUGGGGGGAGCUUUCCACUACUGACAAAAUGCACCUUUUAAUAGUAGGCGUAACUAACGUACCUUUAAGGAGAUGAUGGGUGGCAGCCCCUAUCCCUAGCCAAUGGGUUUUUGGAUGAUAGGAGCUGGAGUCCAGAAGUAUCCUCAGGGUACCAGGACUAACCUGAGUGUACAGGGGAAUGGUUUUUUCUACUCCAGAUUCAUGAUGUAGGGUGCUAGGGUGUCAAGUUGAGGUUGAUUCUAUCCCUGGUUUUGUACCUCCCCUUAACCCGGCAGGUGCUGUCCCGCCUCGGAGUUGCCCCUGGCUGGAGGUUUGUGGAUGUGCUGGGGUUUGAGGAGGAUGCCUUGAAUGUUGUACCCACCCCAGCUUGCGCUCUGCUGUUACUCUUUCCCCUUACUGCUCAGGUGAGUAAUGGAAGUUGAGCAAGGGCAGGGAGGUGAAACCUGCUGCUUGGCAGGCAAAGAACUCUGGAAAAUCUCUCUGCUUUCUAUAUUACGCUGUUGGCGUGCAAAGGAUGGUAAUAAUCCUAAACUGCGAUAGUGAACGAGCAGGGUUAAUGUCUUGAAUUGGGAUGCUGAGCCCAGAACCAGGCCUUGCUGGCCAGGAAAAGUCUGCUGUUUUGCCAUGUCCUGUAGGAUUCCUGCAGCCAAUAGGCUUAGGAUCCAGCAGAUUCACAGCUAUCCCAACUCAGCCCCCUGAAAUGUCCCGUUUUGGGAAGUGACUGCUAGCACUAGUGUCUGCUUUCAGGCACAAGCGGCACUUAGCUCAUGCUUUCAGUGCAGCAGAUCAAGGUUUGGGUCGCUCUGCCUGCUUCCCAAAGCUCUUAUACAAACGUGGUCUAGGACUGUUGAUCUGUCUCCUCCUCUACCGACCUGCAAAUCGUGAACCCUCAUUGCAAUUUAAAUAACUGUGGAUACCUAUGCAGCGGCUGCCACUAUGAAUCGGCAGCUUUCUAACGUGAAGGUUUGAGGCCUCCGAGAACAAGGAGCAGUCAUUAAAAUUAGAUUUCUUGUGAUGUUUCUGGAUUGGCUGUGGCCAUCUCUAGAAACGCAGCGUUGCUGACGAUGACUUCAUCUUGGUAGGAAAAACUAGAACAGGUGAGUUUGUAAUGAAAGAGCUUCUCUUAAGUAAAGAAUUCUGAGGGUCAGAUGAAAAAAGCAUCGUCAUUCUCGAAGAGAAUGAUUAUGGGAAGGACUAAAAGUCCAUUGAGGAAUCUACCUUUCCAGCAACAGCUGCAUCUAGAAUCCUGCGCUGUGGGAUUCUUACUACUGAUGGGAUUCUUAAAGGGCCGGCUUUGGAUAUUUGUACAGUGGUACCUCGGGUUACAUACGCUCCAGGUUACAGACUCUGCUAACCCAAAUAUAGUGCUUCAGGUUAAGAACUUUGCUUCAGGAUAAGAACAGAAAUCGUGCUCUGGCAGCGUGGCGGCAGCAGGAGGCCCCAUUAGCUAAAGUGGUGCUUCAGGUUAAGAAUAGUUUCAGGUUAAGAACGGACCUCUGGAACGAAUUAAGUACUUAACCUGAGGUACUACUGUAUCUACUUUGUUCUCUGCAUGUCUGUUUUGAGUUUUUAUUCCCUUGUUCUUCUGGUUAUUGUGCACCUCUUGAGGGUUUUUUCUUCUCUGUUGUAAAAUGGUCUUAUGUUGGAAGGUGAAGGUAUUUGAUAUAGAAUCAUGGAAUCUUAAAGAGUUGGAAGGGACCCCAAGGGUCAUCCAGUCCAACCCCCUGCAAUGCAGGAAUCUCAGCUCAAGCAUCCAUGACAGAUGGCCAUCCAACCUCUGCUUAAAAACCUCCAAGGAAGGAGAGUCCACCACCUCUGGUAGGAGCCUAUUCCACUGCUGAACAGCUCUUACUGUCAGAAUCUCCUUUCUUGCAACUUGAAGCCAUUGGUUCGAGUCCCACACUCCUGUUUUGUAGCUAUUUUGAGCAGCGUAUUUCAAGCAGAGUCUACGUGUAAGGAAUGCAUGCCAAUGUAUGUACAGGGAAUGCACAUGGAUGGGCAGGGUAUCAGAAUUAAGGUAUUCAACAGCAGUUUGAAGGCUGAAACAUGAAAUGUAUCUCAUUCAAGAGACCCAGAGUUAUACCCAGAAAAAUUGGACACUGCUCUUUCAAUCUACCCUGGCUGGUGAUCUAUGGAGAUUUACUUGAAGCAGCUUCAUAUUUAGGAAGUGACGCCAUGAUAGUUGGAAAUCUUUGCCUGUGGGCUGUAAACAGGGCUCAUGAAUACAUUUAUGAAGCUGCAUUGCACUAGAAGUCUUUACGGGAAUUAAUGAUUAAGAGUUAGAACUGCAUGUACGUAAUGACUUGGCCAAGUUACGUUGCCAGCGGUAGCUCAUUUGAAGCAUGCUUCAGUCGCUUUCCCUGAACUUGUUCCAUUGGAUUGUAUGAGGUUUCUGUGGUAGGUAUUGGCCACAAACCAUUUGUAAUACGCUAGAUAGCAUGCAUCACUUGCUAAAUGCUUGAGAUUUUGAAGCAGCCUCACUUUGGGCUCUUGGCUGACUUGUGAUUAUUAUUAUUUUAAUUGUUAAAGCACGCUGUGGCUUCUCAUCCUCCCAGCAUGCAUUUAUAAAAACAAGGGCAAGCAAAACAUCUGAUUGCUAAAAGUUUAUCAUUAUUAUUUAAUUUGUUAGAAAGUUCCUGAGUUAUGUCCGCAUCUCUAACAAUUGCUUGACACAUUUGUAUACAUUUUCAAAAGUUUCCUUGGUGUUAGGUACCAUCGGUGUUUCAUUUUUUGGAAGUUCUCUCUAAUCGUAUAACAAUUUGUGAAUUUCCAAUUGAUCUUCCAUAAGUUUUCCCAUUGGGCCAUGGUUAUUGAAUGGCCAAAAUCCUGGGACCGCCUCACCAUUGCCACUGUUAACUCGUCCUCCUUGACUGUCCAGUCAAGGAGGAGUCGAUAAGUUUUGGAAAGAGUUUUUCUUUUAGAAUUUACAAGAUCGGGAAAUUUCUGUUGAGAAACCCCUGCUGAAAGUUUAUUAUCAUUGGUCAAGAAAUGCUUUGAGCCCUUAAGAAUUUGGGAACAGUUUACCUGCAAGAUCACCUGGCCCCAUAAAAUGUCCAUUCAACAUCUUUAAUCUCUGGAAGUGGCACUGUUAAUAGAUGCAACAUAAUACAUUUGGUCUUUCAGUGUGGCAGCAACCGCAAUUUGAAGCUCCCUGCCUAAUGAUAUUAGGCAGGUGCCUUCCCUGCAAUCUAUUUCAUCACCUACUAAAAACAUCUUUCUUUAGACAAGCCUGCCCAGUUAUGUAGACCGAUUACAUGUGUUUUAAUUGUUUUUAGCUUGUUGCUAAAAUAUUUGAAUGCUUUAGUUGUUUUUAACUGUUUUUAUAAUGGUACCUUGGUUAUCAAACUUAAUCCAUUCCAGAAGUCCAUUCCGAAACCAAAGCGUUGCAAAACCAAGGCAUGCUUACCCAUAGAAAGUAAUGCAAAACGGAUUAAUCUGUUCCAAAGAACCCCCAAACAGCAAUUUAACAUGAAUUAUCUUAAUGAGACCAUUGAUCCCUAAAAUGAAAGCAAUAAUCAAUGUGUACUGUACUAUAAAAUAAAUAAGACAGCAUAGUAGAUGAUAAAAAUUGAAACAAAAUUCUUACCUGCACUGAUGAUAGUCAUUGUUUGCAUGGGGGGCUUUUAUCCAUUUCCGCAGUCACACAAUCAGUAGCUCAGCUGGGUUCCACGCAGUCACAAGAGCAAAUUAACCAAAAAAGGCCACAAAAAAGCAAAAUAAAUAGCAAAAACAAAAGCGCCAAACUUAAUGUGUUCUGGAAGUCAAUGUUCGAAAAGCAAGGUGUAGCUUCUGAUUGGUUCAGGCGCCCUGGAAACAAUAGCCAGCAGCCACAUCGGCUUCUGAAAAAGGUUUGAUAACUGGAACACUUCCAGGUUUUCAGCAUUUGGGAACCAAGGCGUUUGGGAACCAAGGUACCACUGUACUUGCCUUGAGAGUUGUUGUUUUUUUAAAACCACAAGCAGUAUAUAAAUUGUAUGGAAAAAAAUAAAAUGUUACCUGACCAAUACACCUGCACCUUUGUAGCAUGAGAAUUUCAGAAAAAAGCAGAUGGAAGAAUUGAAGGGCCAAGAAGUGAGCUCCAAAGUCUAUUUUGUGAAGCAGACGGCCAGUAAUUCCUGUGGAACAAUUGGCCUUCUACAUGCAGUGGCCAACAACCAAGAUAAAAUUUUAUUUGGUAAGUAUGGGGGAAGCGUCACCCAAGGGAGACAAACCCAUUGGUAGGAGAUGGUAUUGGCUCUAACCUGUGCAACUGCUGACUUAGGCAGGGUGGAAGUUGAUUCACUGGACAACCUAAGGCUUGCACUUGCAGUUGGUUCAUCGUCUUGUGUUCUGCCGCCAUCCCCCUGAUUUUUAUUUCUUGGCAGAUGAAGGGUCUGCACUAAAGGAGUUCCUCACUGCAACAGCUGACCUCUCUCCUGAUGAGAGGGCAAAACGUCUUGAAAACAACAAGGUAAAUGACAUGGGAACUUGGGUGGAAGCUUCUUAAUGGCGCCUUUUUUAUUAAAAAAAUGCCUUUUUUUUUUUUUUUUACCAUCCUCUGCAGGCCAUUCAAGAAGCCCACAAUGCAGUAGCGCAGGAAGGACAAUGUCGGGUAAAUUUCUUAAACUUAAAUAGGCUUCCAAAGGUAAAACGUUGGUGCCAAGAACUGGCGGCGGGUAGUUGGGUGUAAUAGUACGGGCCCCAUGUAAUGUAAACUCUUCUCUCCUUACCUCAAAUGGUGAAGAUGGAUGGGAUAUGUGGGCCAGUGGAGCCAUUAGGGCAAAACUGCUUUCUGGCACAGGCCAAGCUCAGAGAGAUGCUUUUAACACUCCACGCAUCGUGGAAUUAUUGAAGCGGAAGCCAGCUGUACAUAGUAUUUUGGCUUUCCCUCCCCGGUAUUUUCACAGAAAUCUCCGUCUCCACCCAGCGCUUUGUUGUUGUUUAGUCGUUUAGUUGUGUCCGACUCUUUGUGACCCCAUGGACCAGAGCACGCCAGGCACUCCUGUCUUCCACUGCCUCCCGCAGUUUGGUCAAACUCAUGCUGGCAGCUUCGAGAACACUAUCCACCCAUCUUGUCCUCUGCUGUCCCCUUCUCCUUGUGCCCUCCAUCUUUCCUAGCAUCAGGGUCUUUUCCAGGGCGUCUUCUUUUCUCAUGAGGUGGCCAAAGUAUUGGAGUCUCAGCUUCAGGAUCUGUCCUUCCAGUGAGCACUCAGGGCUGAUUUCCUUCAGAAUGGAUAGGUUUGAUCUUCUUGCAGUCCGUGGGACUCUCAAGAGUCUCCUCCAGCACCAUAAUCCAAAAGCAUCAAUUCUUCGGCUAUCAGCCUUCUUUAUGGUCCAGCUCUCACUUCCAUACAUCACUACUGGGGAAACCAUAGUCCCUUUAAAUAGCUUGGCUUCUAAAAUAGGUGGUCUUACCAAAAAGACUGACUGCAUAGGCAAAGCUUGCUGGUGGUGUCCAUCUAAACCUCAGUUCUUGGAGGAGAUUAUGCCACAGCGGCCAGCAUUUUUCAAGAUGUGUGUUAGAGAACUUGCAGGUGGUUCCCACAUCUGUGUCAUUAAAUGGGCCAUUUGGGUAAAUUGCUUAGUGGGGCUUCUGGUGCCUGAAACCCUCAGGCUACUUAACGUGUUCUCCAUUAUGGACAUUAUUUAACAAUAACAACAAUAAUAUUUCAUUGCUAUGCUUCCUGUGAGAUACCUUCCUACACAUGUUUUUAGAACACGGAAAAACUUCAGUAAUUCUGCAGUAUACAAAUAGCCAAAAUAAAAUCUCUGGCUGUCCUCUUCCUGGUAGCAAAACCAGCAAUAGAAAAAUAGUCUACGACUCCUACUUAGACACUGGCCAGCAAGUCUGGGAUUCUGUAAUCCUGAAGAAAUCCUAUGGUUUGUCAGCCCAAUGACCCCUUUUUUACUGUGCAGCGCCAGAUGACAAGGCAGUAGCGAUCUAUUUGUAUAUAUUUGGAACAUAAGGAAGGGGGUGGUGGUUGUUAGAGAGGUUAUUUAUGAGAACCAAAAAGGGCAGAAUCAGGAAGCAGAGUGUCACUAAAAUAUUCUUCUUUGUUGAUCAUCCUAUGCACCCUCCUCCUCCAUAGGUUGAAGAUGACAAAGUCAACUUCCAUUUCAUUCUGUUUGCCAGUGUGGAUGGACACCUCUAUGAACUGGGUAGGUUUGUGUGCUGCCUCCCCCAGUAUAACACAGAGUAAAACAAAUUGGGAUUCUCUUGGGUCAGGGUGGGGAGGAGAGUUGAAUUGGGGUGGCCAGCUUCUGCCCACAUUAUCUAGAAACAGCCUGUGGCUUACCUAGGAGAAGAGCAUAACGUCGGCAAGGAUUCCCAUUGGAAUUCAGGGGUUGGCUUGUCUGAAGCGGUUUGUUGCAUUCCCCCCAAACAUGUCCCACCGCUUUCACCGGCGCAACUGAUCUUUUUCGAGAGCAAAGUUGCAUUAUCAAGAAUUUCCAGAAGGCAGUGAUGGGUAGGGUGAGAAUCUAAUACUAAACCUUAUAUUGGGCCUUUUGCCAACCUGGCCCAUUGCAGUAGUUGUUGGGACCCAGCUCCAGCAUGGCCAGUGGUUAGAAUCCAGAACGUCCUGAGGGUGGCAGGUUGGGAGGGGCAGAGAGACUGUAUAUAAAUUGUUGCAGUAAAUCUGUUCUGCUUCUGAAACAUCUGGAGCCACUUGAGUUGCAAGCAGAAAACCAGGGGAUGAGAUCCAGCAUUGCAACUCUACUGAAAAGUAGGUCCAGAAGCAAAUAAAUGCAGCCCCACAAGGGCAUGGCCUAAGUUUCUUCUUCCUAUACUAGCAAUGGUCUGGUCGGCUGUUCGAAUCCCUGCGACGGGGUGACCUCCCGUUGCUCGGUCCCUGCUCCUGCCCACCUAGCAGUUCAAAAGCACAUCAGCAUGCAUGUAGAUAAACAGGUUCCGCUCCAGCAGGAAGGUAAACAGCGUUUCCGUGCGCUGCUCUGGUUUGCCAGAAGCGGCUUAGUCAUGCUGGCCACAUGACCCAGAAGCUCCCUCGGACAGUAAAGGGAGAUAAGUGCUGCAACCACAGAGUCGUCCGUGAUGACCUAACGGUCAGGGGUCCCUGUCCCUUUACCUUUAGCAUACUUUAAGUAAGUGGUUAAGUCAUAAACCUGAUCUAAAACUUGGUUGCAGAUGGACGAAUGCCUUUUCCUGUAAAUCAUGGAGCGAGUUCGGAUGACACCAUGCUGAAGGUAAGCGUUCUUAUAAUUGAAAUUUCUGACAUAAUCAAGUCUUUUAGAUUGCACUGCACGUGUGUCGUUCCUUACUUGGCAGAUCCCAGAUUUUUCUUUGUGUAUUUCUCAUUCUGUAACCACAUGGGGAUGAGCAAGACACAGUGCCUAGAGAUGGGCGCUCUCAAGAGGAGCCGGCGAGAUGGCUUCUGCUAUUCCCAGCAUCCUAUCAGAAUGCUGUUUAUAGCAACUCCUUGCUCACAACUUCAGUGGGGAGAAGUAUAGAUGCUGAUUGUCUACAUAAUGUCUGGCUAAAACUACAGUGUGAGCCCACACUGUUCAUGGAUGUGGUCGACUUGAUGCCAGGUCUACUGAGGCUCUGCGUUCAUGCAUUUAGAACAGUAGGAUAACUACCUGUGUUUUUUGUUUUUCAGGCUGCUGCCAAGGUCUGUCGACAGUUCACAGAACGUGAGCAAGGAGAGGUCCGCUUUUCUGCUGUGGCGCUGAGCAAGUCUGCCUGAAGUUCAGGAGUUAGAGCGACCCCAUAGUAGGCCCUCACAGAAAGCAGUCCAGGCCCCUAGUGCUUUAGUACUUGUGUUUAAAAAACAAAAGCACUGCUGUUCUUGAUCUUCCGUUUAAAGUGUCCUGCUGCUCCUAGCCUCGUUCCUCCCCCCUCACUUGCUCACAGCAGCUUCAGCAGAGCUGGUCUUAAAAGUUUAGCUCCAAGUCUUUGGCACUUCAGAUAUGUUGGGUCCCUUCUUGACUGCAACUUGUUUAAACGCUUCAUAGGGCUUCCUUGGACGUGUGCCUCCAAAGUUUCUUUUUAAGCUGUUGUGACUUCUUGUCAAUCACAAAAAUAAAUUUCUUCUUGGUAUUCCAAAGCAGAA